AUGAGCGAAAUUGAACUGGUUGGAUUUGAGGGCCGGCCAGUUCGCAUCAACACGGGCCUUUUCAUCAAUAAUGAGUUUCAGCUAGCGACGGGAGGAUCACAACUCGAGGUCGAGAAUCCGACCACAGGCAGCCUCCUUACAUCCGUAUCAGCCGCACAGCGAGAAGACGUCGAUGCCGCUGUGAGUGCAGCCCAAUCAGCAUUGCGGGGUGAGUGGGCAACCAUGAACCCAGCCCGCAGGGGCCAGUUGCUGAACCGGCUUGCCGACCUAAUCGAGCGGGAUGCGGACGAUCUUGCCAGCCUCGAGGCUCUGGACGCGGGAGUCUUGUUCGGAGAGUCCAAGAGCCUCCACAUUCCCCAGGCUACAGAGACACUCCGAUAUUUUGCCGGUUGGACAGACAAGAUCACCGGCCAGCUAAUGAUUACUAUCUGGAAGCUUGCCCCCGCCCUCACAGCAGGUAACGCAUUGAUCAUCAAGACACCAGAGCUCGCGCCUUUGUAUGCGCAGAAACUUGCCGGACUCGUGAAAGAGGCAGGGUUCCCACCUGGCGUACUCGCUACCCUUUGCGGGUACGGCUCAGUUGCCGGCCAGGCGCUGGCCGAGCACAGUGGUGUCAAGAAAAUUGCAUUCACUGGCAGUGCACCCGUCGGCCGGGAGAUAAUGCGAGCUGCAGCAGGUUCAAACCUCAAGAAGGCGACCUUGGAACUAGGCGGCAAGAGCCCAUCUAUCAUGUUUUCUGAUGCUGAUCUGAACAAUGCUCUUUUCUGGACGACACUAGGCUUCACAGCCAACAAUGGACAAGUUUGUGCAGCGGGAUCACGCAUCUACGUCCAUGCAGGUAUCUAUGAUAAGUUCCUCCUCACUUUCGCCGAGAAGUUGGCCCACACUACCCCCGGAGACCCUCUGUCAAAAGAGACAACCAAGGGUCCUGUUAUCAGUCAGAGACAGAGGGAAAAAAUUCUCAAGUUUAUCCGCCAUGCAAAGGAAUCCGGUAUUCGCCUGUUGGCUGGAGGAGAGGAGAUUCCGGGAGAGGGUCACUUUGUUCCCAAUGCUGCCUUCGCCGAUGUCCCCGAUGAUGCGCGCAUCAUGCAAGAGGAGAUCUUCGGUCCUGUCGCUUCAAUUGCAAAGUUUACUACCGAAGCUGAGGUCAUUGAAAAGGCCAAUUCCACCGAAUUCGGACUCAGUGCCGCCGUUUUCACUAAUGAUGUUAACCGGGCACCGCGUGUUUCGGCGGCUCUGGAAUCUGGUCUGGUCACAAUUAACUGCUGGGGUAUGCUGCAUGCCAACACUCCAUUCGGAGGAGUUAAGCAGUCUGGUUUUGGCCGUGAUAUGGGCGAAGAGGCAUUGGAUGCGUGGAUGUCAACGAAGACUGUCAAGUACUUCACCCUACCCACAGCUGAUGAUAAAUAG